AUGGCUUCUCUCAAAGACGCCAGAGUAGUGGUUGAAGAAGGCGCCGGAUCCUCAACCUCAUCCUCUUCUUCUUUACGCUACAGCCAGCAAGAUCUUUGUCACUCGGUAUUUCACGGCAUCACGAUCGGUCAUCACUGUCAAUCUUCCCACCUGCUUCGGUACGAUUCAGUUCUCAAAUUCGCUCAAUCUUUCAAUCUUCUUCAACUCGGAUUUCAUCUUCGCGUUUCAGAUUCACGCCUCUCAGCUUCGCUUUCAAUGCAUCUCAACUUUUGGAUUUCGAAGCCGCGAAUCAAUCCUUCUCCGCUGAUUUUUGACCGUGUGUACACUUCAACUUCAUCUUUUGGACUUCAAAGGUAUCUUUCACCUUUCACCUUUUCCAUUUCUGAAAACCACUUCUUCUUUGAUUUCUUUGGUAGUGUGUUCUUCUUCGAAUUUGUUGCUGUGACGUGUGAUUUAUUGUUGGUGUCAGAUUAG